CGCGCCGCGAACGUUUUGCAAAAUCGCUUAACUCGCGCCGCCCUUGAAAUCGAGGAGGAAAAGCGAAAAAAGGCUGCGAGAGCUAGCGCAAAAUCGAAGAAAAAACUGUGAUUUCAUUUCUACAAUUUACUGCAAUGUGCUAGUAAAACUGAACCGAUGAAAUUGAUUAAUUCUACGAUAAAUAUAAAGCCGAAUUAAACCAACAAAUUGAAAACCUAUGCGUAACCGUGUGACGACAAAGUGGAGAAGUGCAACAAAUUUAUGAAUAGAAGUAGAUGAAUAGAAAUUCUAAGUUAACCAAGAUCACCAAAAUAUUUUCAUAAUUUCUAAGAAAUAUUUUAAGUGUGAUACCAAGUUUAGAAACCACUUUCAAGCAAGCCUACUUUCGAAAACGAAACAUCCAACUGCAGAAACUGAAUCAAAUCGAAUUGAUUCGAUUAACAGCUGUGCUGUACACAUGCACCGGUGUGUGUGAGGCGACGCGCGCGUGUGCGUGUACUUGUACGUGAGAGAUCCGUGUGUGUGAGUGUGUGUGCUGCUUAUGUGUUAGUGUGUGUGUGAGUCGGUGUUGGUUUCGAAAAUUGAAACGUCCGCUAAACAAAGUCAAGCGCUAGAUGGCGCUGUCGCCUGUGAGCAGUGCUGAUGUUGUUGUUGUCGGUGUGCCACACACUGUUGUAGUUGUAGUUGUUGUUGAUGUUGAUGCUGCAGCAGCGGCAGCAGCAGCCAACCAAACGCGGAAGGUCAAAUUAUAACCGCCCACCAGCCGCCCGCAACACAAAAAGAGACCACCUCGCCCUAAUAAAUUACAAUUUACCUAAAUCAACUCCCCCCAAAACACAAAUAAGAUACACAAAUUAAUAAAGAAAAAUUAAAGUAAUUGUCAAGAGUUUCGCAUUACCCAUCGUCGGUCGGUCGGUUCAAAUUGCGUCGCGUCGGGUCGCGAACGUCGCUAGUCCUCGGAUCGGAUCGUAUCGUAUCGGAUCGUAACAGAACGGAACCCUAUAGAAGGGACGGUUACGGAUCAGAUUGGAUCAGUUGGCAGUCAGUGGCACCUGACAACGCAACGGUAACCGCUAUUAUGCAUCGGCGUCGUCGGUUGGCCAGUGCAACAAUCGCAUUCGAACUGGGAGGCGUGCAGCAGCUAAUGCAACAACUGACAGAACUUAAUUAAACAGGCUAAUAACUAAGGCUGUACGACAUAGUGUAUCAUCAUAGUCCAUAGUGGAUACCCAAAAAAAACCGAAACUAACCGCAAGUUGGUAUAGUUUAUAACUUUUUCCGUGGCCCCAAAUAAUCCAAGAAUCGUUAGCAAUCCUGGAUUAUUUGCUAAAGACUUUGCGCACGCUGAAAUCCAAUUCGAUUAUGGCCGAGAAUCAAAGUGCGGCCAGCGAAGAUUCCGGUCACCAACAGCAACAUCAGCAGCAACAGCAACACCAGCAACAUCAGCAACCACUAGCCACCACAUCAGUCACGGCCGCUUCAACCACAUCGGUCUUAGCUAACCAAUCGCCCACUAACUCGCAGGCCUCAUCCCCCGAAAAUUCCCAGGAAGCACUGCCCUUGCUGCGACGCCAGCAAUCAGCCGCAGCAGCCACAGUAGCAGCAGCAGCAGCAACAGUUGCAGCCACAACCAGCGGAACAUCGCAGCAGCAGCAACAACAUCGCAACAGCAUCAGCAACAUGUUCGAUCGCACGGUGAAUGCCAAGUUUAAGCCGGCUUCCUCAAAUGCCGGACCUGGCAACAAUCCGGUCCGCAGGAACUCGAUGCUGACACCAUCCCGUGGAGUCACUAUCGGUGGCACUGGCGGUAACAUCCGCAAGCUGACCAAGGUCAGCUCGCUGACCAGCAACCAUCACUUCGCUGUGUGCUAUCCACCCAGCAACAUCUAUCAGAACAGCAACAAUGCCGGCAGCAAUUCGGCUUUGCAGCGCACCACCAGCGAAAGUUUGCGCCUGAACUCGAUGAGUCGCCUGGCAGCUGCAGCGACACCCACAACGGUGUCCAGGGCCAGUAGUAACUCCAGCCUGGCCACAUCCACCUCCACAUCGUUGGCACCCAAGUCCAGCAGCAGCAGUGGUGGCAGCAAUUCGACACCGCAGCAGCAACAGCAGCAGCUGGUGAGCAGUAACAACAGCAGCAGCAGCAGCAACAACAGCUUCACCAAGGCCAGUUCGCCCAACAAUAAUGGAGCACGUUGGGUGGGCGGAGCAGCUACGGCAGCUGCAACUGGCACUGCCGCUGCAGCAGGCAGUCAUCACCAUCAGCCACAUCACCACCAUCAUCACCAUCAUCACCACCACCAGCAUCACAACCACCAGCAGCAACAGACUAGCCUUAGCCAAGGCCAUGCCUCGUUAACCGUUGCCGGUGGAUCAGCUUCAGCUGGUGGUGGUGGUGGCGGCAGUGGAAGCUCCUCGGGGACCGCCGCUGGUGGCACCAAUCGCAAACCAAAGACGACUUCCUCAUUCGAGAUCACCUCGGUGACGGUGGGCCAUCCCAAGUUGAAUGCUGCCGGCGAUACUGGAGACGAGUCGGCCGACGAUCUGGACGAAUCUCACACGGAUGACAAUAGUCGGAUAACGGACCUGGAGAACGAGACGCCCUCCAUGUCGGAAGAUACUUUCUCCAAGGAGGAGGUGUACUAUGCCAACAAUGCCCUCAGCACCAAUGCACCGGUGAUACCGACUAGCUCGCAAUACGGCCUUGUCGUGGUGGAUCCCAUCGCCCCUUCGUUGGGCCAGACGAUCCAGAAUGUCCAGGUCAAUGUGUCGGAUAACAUUAUCAAUGUGGUGAGCGGUGCCGUCACACCGGGCGGCACAAAGAAGAAGGACGACAUCAAGGAGACGCAGCACCGCAGCGAGCGGUUCAAGGUGGUCAAAAUUGAGUCCACGGAGCCGUUUAAGCGCGGCCGCUGGAUGUGCAUGGAUUACCUGGAUCACUCGAGUGUGGGCAAUGGCGGUAAUAACAACGAAAAGACUGGCUCUUCUACUUCCGAGGCGCACGCAGCCACAACAGAUGGCGGCGCAGCAGGUAUUGCCGCUGGGUCUGAGGCUCCGGCCCACAAGACCACCCAAAGUAUGAUUCUGCCACCCACCCAGAAGCUGAACGAGAACCAUUUGGAGGCCAACUCGACCGAUGCCAACUGGAACUAUGCCGAGCAGCAACAACAGCAGCAGCAGCAGCAACAACAACAAACAAUAGUUGGCAACGCCCUGACCAAGACAUUGCCCGUGGCUCUUCGCAAUGUGAGUCGCAGUUCCUCGGUAACACGAAGUCCUAAUGCCUCAGUCGAGUUCUUGUCUCCCAAUUUGCUUGCCCAGCAGCAACAGCAGCAGCAGCAAAUCUUCGAUAGCGUCAAUGCCAAUGCUGCCAGUUCACCAAAUCCCGCCGGUGACCCCAACAACAUGGACUAUGCGCGCACGGCGGCGAUGCAACUGCAUCAAACGUUGCAGCAGCUCAAGCAGCGCGAAGACGCUAUGGACGUGCCGCCAGGGGCAGGAGGUUAUCCCAACUACCAAAACGGUGGUGAUUCUGCUGGUGGAGCGGCCAGCAACAACAACAGCGCUGCAGCUGCAACUGGAGAAUCGCAGCUGAGCACCAGCUACGUGGAGCAGCAGCAGCAGCAGCAGCAGCAGCCAUUAUCCCCAGCACCACUAACGCCACAGGCCACACCCACAUUCGCAGCUGUUGCUGCCGGGCAGUCGCCCAACUUCCAAUUGGAGCAACAGCAGCAGCAGCAGCAAGCAACAUCGCAGAUAGAUGGAAUAGUCCCACAGCCAUUUAACCCACAACAGCAGCAGCAGCAGACCCCACAGCAAUCUACAGCUCAGCAAGCAGCAGCAGGAAAUGCAACAUCUGCAGUGGCUGCACCACCACCACAACAGACUUCAAACACUUCCAAUGCAGCGGUAACCACUGGCCAGGGUCAGACAAUGCCGCUGUUAUCACACAUGACCAGCUACGAGCAGCAGCAGCCUAAUCUAGGAGCAGCAGCAGCAGCAGCCGCAGGAGGCACUGCAGCAACAUCGGUGGCUGCACCGCAAGCGAUUCCCACGCUGCAAUUGCAGAGUGCUCCCUCAACGAUUGCCGAUCCGCAGCAAUUGAUGGUGCCACAGCAGCCGCAGCAGCAACAUCAGGAGGAGCAGCAGCAGCAGCAGCCGCAACAACAACCGCUUCCGCCAACAAAUAUCGCGAGUGCUAGUGCCAAUAAUAGCAAUCUAAACCUAACGAAUACGAAUGUUGUGGCCACCGGCGAGGCAACAACAAACGCGCUGACCUUGACCGAUGAACAGGCGACCGCGGCACUUGCAGCUGCAUUUGCGACCGGCGCAGCAGCAGCAGCAACUGGAGCCACAUCGGCAGCAACGCAGCAGCAAAUCCAACAGCUACAACAGCAACCAAAUGCAGAGUCCGAGACUGAAAGCUUUAUAACCGCUUCGAAUCCCGGCGGAAAUCGAAAGAGGGCCUUUAGUAAUCCGCACAUAGGAGGGCCCAAUGAUCCGUCGUUUAUGCACCGACUGAAUCCCCAGCUCUACUACUACAACAAAUCGCAGUCGGGUAGAAGUUCCUUUUGCGUGGACGAGUCCCUGUGGCCCACGAACAAUCCGAAUGGAGCGGUCAGCGAUACGAACUUGUACAUGGGUUCCAGCACGGAUGAGGACUAUGAGGAGGCCAUAGAUCAGUUCUCGCCAACGAUAUACACGCGGUCGGCAAGUCGUGCGAUUCCCAUACCAAGUAGUGCCGGCAGCAGUCCACAGCAUCAGAUGCAUCAUUCGCAGCCGAGGAUUGCGAUCGGAAUUAACCAAAUGGCAGGAGGUCCAGCGAGCACGGGUGCAUUCAGUGCCAGUCCCUCGAUUUACGCAUAUCCGCACUCGCCAUUCUAUGCCAGUUCGCCGGAAACGUCGUUUGCCAGUGCCGCAAUGCCAGGACAUCCGGCGGCCAGUUCGCGCAUAUCCUUCAGCUAUGAUCCUGCCUUCCAGCGGCUGCAAGUGCCCAACGCAUCCGGCGAUCGCAGACCACGAUCUCCGCUGGAAUGUGCCACCGUUUUUGCUGCCGUUGCGGCGGCUGCAACUUGCGGUGGUGCAGCUGGUGGUGCAGCGGAUACCGUUAUCAGCAGUGCAUCUGGAACUAGUGCAGUUGCGAUUGAUAACAAAAUCGAGCAGGCAAUGGAUCUGGUCAAGUCGCAUCUCAUGAUAGCGGUGCGCGAGGAGGUGGAAGUGCUGAAAGAGCGCAUCUCCGAGCUGAUGGACAAGAUCAACAAGCUGGAGCUCGAGAACAGCAUUCUCAAGUCGAACAUCCCGCAGGAGACGCUGCAGCAGCUGCAGUUGCAGCUUCAACUAGCCGCCCCGCCGGCCACGCCCGCCAUUCAAGCGGCACCGGCGGUACAAAGUGUCGUUGCUCCAGCUGCCGCGGGUCAGGCAGUUCAACAGCAGUCCGCUGGAGCGGUAGCGGUAACGGGUGUGGCCACCAGUCCAGCGUCCGCGGUGGUACCCACGAGCAUUCCCAACGGCAGUGCCGAGAACGGCAGCAGUGCAGUCGAGACAGCAGCGGUAUCGGUGGAGCAGCAGGUGCAGCAGGUGACAUCAGCAGCGGCAGCAGCAGCAGCGGCAGCGGCAGCAUCGGUGGUCACAGCCAAUGGUCCCAUGUCCUAAGCUGUUGCUGCUGUGGCCCGAACACACAGUGUUUGUUUUUUUUAAGGCGCCCACGCACCGUGGUGUGUGUGGGGGAAAUGAACGUUUUUAAGAAUGAAAACCGUAAUGUAAACUCAGCCGAAGUCUCUUUCUUAGCCGGAGGAGGCGGGGCCGAGGAGAGCAGCGAAAGUAUUAGGCCAAUAACAACAAGAACAGUAACAGUAGCGGCGGCAGACUCACCAACAUGUUAAGUUCGUGUUAGGUAGACUAAACUGCGGUUAAGAAUUGUUAUGUUGUUGCUGGCUGUUAAUCUGCUGCAGCCGCCGUUUUGUUAAUUUCUCGAUUGUGAUAUUUGUUUAACACACAUACAGACCACCACCACACACACGCAAACACACACACACGCAAACACACACACACUCAUACGCAUUUACACACACACAUCCAUACGAAACACACACAGAUAGACUGCACGCUAACAGCGGCUGCGGCUGGCGCUGUUAACGUCCGCUGUUAACUCGAAGCGAGUAUAGAAGUUCUUUUAAAUAUCGCGCUGCUGCGCCUCCACUUUUUGUUUAAUACUUUCUAUUUUUGUUUACCCGUUUGUUUCCACGUUGUUAACGCUACGAAUAAAAACCUAAGAAUCAUAAACAAACACACCCAGAACACCAACACCACACAACCAACUCAUCAAGCUUGGCUGCUAAAUAAUACUUGACGAAAGUAAAAUUUUUGGCCAACAGAGAAAAACAGCAGAGGAAAUACAAAAAUACAAAUCGAUAAAGUGUACUAGAGUGCCAGGGAAAACACACAGAAAAUGAAUAGGGACAGAUGGGAAAAUAAAUGAAAUAAUAUGUGAUAAUUUGCAUUGUGCAGUCAGAGACAUAAGAUGUAAAUUGUAAAAAAACAAAAGCAAACCCGAGAAGCAAAGGACAGGAAAGUAGGAUUCAAAUUUCCAAAACAUUCAACAUUGAUCGAUAAAUACAAAUACAAUUUAAUGAAACACGAAAAGGCCAGCUGCUAUUUUUAUAAUUUACCUUUAAUCCUAACUUUUAUUGUAAAAAUACAAGGGGAAAUAUUAACUACAUCAUAAAUAUGAAUAUGUUUCAAAUUAAACAAUGGAUAACAAAAUUAGUAAAUUAUAGUAAUACUAGCAUAUUCUCAAGCUAUAUUUCAAAGAUUGUAUAGCUAUUCAAAAAAAAAGAGAAGGGAAACAACAGCCAAACAAAAAAAAGCUUAUCAAAAUUGUUUGUUAAACUCUAAAAACUAUCUGCAAACAAAAAACCCAAAAAUAUCUGUAAAUAUUGUGUAAAACUAAAAACUAAAUUUGAGAACAAACCUCGAAAGUCACCGACGAUGAAGAUACAUUGCAAAAAAUUAAAUCACACAAAAUCAACAUGAUGAAAAGCUAAAAUUGUAAGAUGAAGACAAACUCGUCCUAUUUUUUGUUAAAAUUAUUUAGUCGAUAAUUUUGGAUUACUCUUAGUUGGAAAAUUCCUUAAUGUUCAUACGAAAUCUGUUAUAGGAUUUUCUACACAUUAACUCUUUCGUUUCACACCCCGCACUCUUAGACCGACAAAUCCACAAGAUAAACCACGAAAAGAUUCUGAACUGCUGCAGCCAUGAGAUGGAAGUGUGAAAAUAAAAAGAGGACCAAGCUCCAAGGAGGUCUCCCGCCUCCCAGAGUUGUCCCUGUCCGAAGUUGGCCGCCCUGUAGACGCCAAGUUUUCAAUGCCCAAGUGCACUCACUCGUUUUUGGGGCAGGGCACAAGAUUCUGCCCCAGAGAACACAAAAAGCUGCCUGCGGAGACGCAAAUUGUCUAAGGCUAGCGUGGAUUAAACAAGAAAAUGAUCAUCCAAAACGGAUUAAAAAGUGAAGAAGAGA